AUGAAGAGCAAGUGGAGCAAGAGCGUAUUUCCGCCAUUGACACCGUCAAUUGAGCAAGAGUCGCAGUUCCUUCACUUGGCACGCGGUUUGGUGCGCGAGACGCUGGCACACUUCAACACAUUAAGCCACCAGCCCGAGGACGAGCGGAGCUUAGCCAAGCACAAGCGUUGGAAGACCGUCAAAACCCGCGACAACCUCACCAUCUUCAAAGAGCGAGAUCCGCAAAAGAUCUUCACGGGCACGAGUUUUGACACACCUGAGCACCAGCGCCUGGCCGAGGAUGAAUGGCAGCUGCCAAAGCUGCUUGUCGGUGUCGGCUCCAUCGUCGGCUCGCUCGACGAUGUCAUGUACGGGGUCGUGACACCCGACGCAGAGUCUAUGCUCCUUAAGGCUGCUAUUGUGCGGAGCUCUCUGAUUGACGGCGCCGUGCUGGCACAGAUUGACGGACCUACGCCUGACGAGCCCUACCGGUUUCUAGGAGUCAAGUGGUUCGUCAAAGUCAAAGGACCACCUGCCACACUACGGGGCUUCGUACAGCCUCGAGACGUGGUGUUCGUCGAGUCUACAGGCACUUUUACUCGCUCAAAUGGCGAACGUAUCGGAUACCAACUACUGCAUUCAGUAGACUUGGAUGGCUACGGAGCUCUACCGGAGCGUUCAUUGACGCGUGGUCGAAUCUCCAGUUGCACAAUCUUUAAAGAGACUCGAGACGGGAAACAGGUAGAGGUGUACGUGCGAGGCUACGUGGAGCAGCACGGCAAACUGCUGGACUCGCUGGCGCUCAAAGCUGCGUCGACGGGAUUUCUGAGUUCCUGGAACGCUGUCGAGUGUAGCCAUGUCAAGAAACUCAUGUGGUUCGUCGAGAACCCGCACCUCGUGACCUGGAGACACGAAGCUGCUGCUCGUGUUCGGGGCCCUGACGCUCGAACACCGGUACGCUCACACAGCUUCGACGGCCCAAGUGGUGUCCACUUGCGUAACCUCAGUCUGGCCAGCCCCAAUGAUCGUUGCGGAGGCACCUGCGGUCGCAAGAUAAAGAGAGUAACUAGUGUCGGGUUGUGCUCUCUUUGCCAAGUACCGAUGUGCUCCAAAUGCCGCGUUACCAAGAAGCUAGCCUUUGUUACGUGCGAACUCACGCUCGAGCGGCGAGAAAGCAUCAUCUGCCGCUCAUGCGUGGCCAGAGUGCGUCUCCAGCCCGUGCGUCAUAUCGCACAGCACGAGAUCCGCGAAGGCCGCUACCGCUGGCAGCCGAAGCAGUCUUCUCGCUGGUUUAGACGCCACAAAAAGAGCAACGCUGAGUUCAGGCCGGUGCUGUUUGGCGAGUCCUCGACACUCACUGACUGUCAGUUGGGUGCACUUUCCCAACGCUCGACGACAGUAGCUUCCUUGAGCACGAGCUCGCCGAUCAACCCGCUGGCGUAUAGCUGGGCGUCGUCUGCCAAGGAGAGUGAUCUCCGCGCCCGGGUGGAGGAAGACGACGAGGACGAUUGGGCCAAAACACCCGAGUUUACGGAAAACCAACAAGAGCGCCGACAGCUCUGGCACCAAAUGACAGAGCUGCGGCUCGCCGUGGAGAGCACGUACCAGAUUGCCAAGCAAACCACGGACUCAUGCUGUGGCCCGAGCUUCUGUCCGCUCGGAAAGGCAAGUGUUGAUUGCUGA